UUCAGUAUACUUUAAGCGAUCCAAAAGUUUACAAGUGUUAAAUUCAUUUUCGAAAACGAUAUUCUCGAAUCUGUCCGCGAAAAACGAAAGUUUUCCAGUGGUUUUGCGAAUAUUAUGGCGUUUGCUGGAUCUCCUAACAACGUUCAGGAUGUAUAUCAGUACGCAUAUGGCAAUUCACAAAAUGUUUAUGGGAAUCCCUACAUAACAGAAACGAGCGUAUUAUGUCAUAGUGAGGAAUCAAAUUUCUGGUCUUCAAGUCCAAGAUCUGAUUCUCCUUCUUCAGGAAUAAAAAGUCAAGCUUCUGGUGGAAGUCCGUAUCAAAUGUAUGCCACUUUAUCGUUCUCUCCUGAUGAAGGAAAACAUUCCCAGUAUAGAUCAGGGUACAGUUUAGGACCAAUUCAUUCUGAAGCGGAUUCGGGGGUGCAUUUGGCGCCUCCGUUUGUUAGGGUUGUAAAAAGACGAAGUACCGCUAAUAAAAAAGAAAGGCGAAGAACACAAUCUAUUAACAAUUCGUACGCGGCCCUUCGCGAUUGUAUCCCCAAUGUACCAGCAGACACAAAACUGUCGAAAAUUAAGACAUUAAGGCUAGCCACUUCAUAUAUAUCAUAUUUAACUGGAGUUCUGGAGACGGACGAUCCUGCUGGGGGAUUCAAAGCUGAAUUGGGAAAUUCCGGAAGAAGAUCUUCGGGAUCUUCAUCGAUAAAAGACUGUUCCAAUAGCCAACCUUCCCCAGAAAGCAGUCACAUACCAGAGGAUUGCGGUAGUCGUAGGGCCAAAGGGAGGACAGGUUGGCCUCAGCACGUGUGGGCUUUGGAACUGAAACAAGAACAAACUCUUUAACGGGAUGUUAAUAUUCUUUACAACCUGGAAGUGUACCCUUGAAGUCAUUUAAUUUGUAGAUAUUUCCUCAAAUUGUAUAUAUUAAAUCUAUUUUAAGUUUACCAGACCACAUGGCCCUGUCUUGUAUACAUUCACCUACACCUGUAGUUUAUGUAUUACGGCUAUAUUUACAGAAUGUCUACAAUUUAAAUUUCGUAUGGAUUCUUGUGUAUUUUUGCCGUGAAUUUUAUGUGUUUACCUGUUUACUUUUAUAAAGCAAUAAUAUUUUUUAGGAACGAUAUUUAUAGUUUAUGCAGUUUUUUGUUGAUUAAUAAA